AUGACGGGCAUGGGCGCCUACUCGCUGGCCGAAGCGUACAAGAUGGGCGCCUUCCGCCGCGGGCCCCUGCCCUCUGGCGCAAAGGCGCGGCCAGUGUGGGGCGCCUCGCUGGUCGUGUUUGGCAUCGGCUGCAUCGGCGCCGGCGUCAUCCGACUGGGGAUCCAUGGCGCUCCUUGGUGGCGGCGGCGAUGGUGCUGGCGAUGGCUACACGGAUAG